GCAGGGGCUGUAUGAGCCUAGCUAGCUGCGCUUUCACUGGGACAAUAUCAGGGGGUUUGGGGUGGGGGAGGCAACCUGGACACCUUACUGCAGGACUGCGGCUGGGAAUACAAGGAGGACCCCAUGGGUGUCCAGGGUAAGUGCCCGGCUUAGUGUAUGGACUAGUGGAUCCUGAGAUGUGAGAUCUGACAGCCCUGCCUUGGGGAGCCUGGAAAGUACAGGGAAGUCUAGGGACCCAUUCCUCUCCUAUAAAGUGGCUGUUUGGAGUAGGAAGGAUUUACACAUGGCUGUAUGAACUGGAAUUUAAUCUGCGAUGGAAACCUGGCCAGUAGUGGCCGUCUUCCUGAUGCUGAGCCUGAUAGCAGAUUGGGCAGGGAGCGUUCAGUCGAGAGACUUUACAGUGCAAGAUAUUAUCUACCUUUAUCCCUCAACAACACCGUAUCCUGGUGGAUUUAAAUGUUUUACCUGUGAAAAGGCUGCAGAUAAUUAUGAUUGCAAUCGUUGGGCCCCUGAUAUAUACUGCCCAAGUGAGACCAAGUAUUGCUACACUCAGCACAUCAUGAAUUCCACGGGGGAGAGUGUGCUGGUGACAAAACGCUGUGCAUCUCUGGAGCAGUGCCUAAAUACUGGCUGCAGGGAUUCUGUCAAUAUGGACCAGAAGGUGUGCACCUCAUGCUGUGAAGGGAAUAUCUGUAAUUUGCCAUUACCCCGAAAUGAAACUGAUGCCAUAUUUGCAACUACGUCGCCGCUCAGUAACUCAGACAGAAGCGCAGUACACAGCGCAACAGUGUUCGCAUGCCUAUUCCUGCUGUGGCUCUAUGGGACGUAAAGACUUUAGCAGAUACACCAAGGCCAAUGUGAAAGGCAAGCGUUUAUGCCAAGCACUGAGUAUUCCAGGCUGUCCAGUGCAAUCUGUUAUGGCUGGGCCCCAGAUGUAUCCAGAAUGGAUGAUCAUGAUAUUGCUGUCUCCUUUCUGCAUCUGGAAUGGGUCAAUGGAAUGCAUCAACUUCUAGAGCAAGUUCAUUCAGUGCAUCUGUAGCAUUGUGGAACUGAUCGUAACAAGGAGUUUGGAAAUUUGAUUGGCUAUUCCCACCACCAACCAGUUCCUUGAAAUAGCUUGUGCCACUGUAUAGAUAGUGGGAUGUGUACUAUCCAAUCAGAAGGAAGAACCUUAAACAAAACCACCAAUGGGAAUACCAAAUAUUCUUUUAUUUCUAUGGAGCUCUUUCUCUAACGAGAACUUGUGUUUGUUUGGAGACCUCAGUUUAAUUGUCUUUGCAGUGACCAAUAACAGAGCUGCAUUUGUUAUCUGUGAGCAUAUGUGAGUGGUUUUCGAAAGGUUUAAUUUAGUAGUUUAUAAGAAAUGUAAUGGCUAUUUAUGAUCCAGAACGUAGAAUGAUCACAUCAGACAUCAGAUCACUAUUUGAUGAUAAACCACAGCACAUGCAAUUGUAUAUAUCUUUAUAUAUCUCUGAUUAUACCAAUGUAUAUUAUUGCUUUUCUUUCUCUAUUCAUCUCAUUUAAGAACAAACUGUGGCUAAGCUUCCAAUGAACUAAACUACCAGCAGGUGCUUGAACUCUUUAGCUAUGGGGGAAUGAGAUAAAAAAUAGGGGUUACUACUCUGGGCCUGGCAAUGCAGCCAUAUUAGGCAGGAAAAUGGGCUAUAUUGGCAUAGUAGGGCACAAUGAUGACUGUAACAGUUUAUCAAUUUUGCCCAAACUUUGGCCAGUAAGCUGUAAUUGCAGUACUCCCAGCAUCACGUGACACCUUUCGGUCGUAGUUUGUAGCCAAAGGACUCAAGUCUGGGUAAACUUCUAUACAGGUGCCCAUGAAGAGUGGACAACAAAAAGUAUUGAAACAGUGGGUAAUGGUCCUUUAGGGUGGUGAGAUAAGUUUUCUGCAACAGUACUUAAUAGAGUGUGAUGAGAGAGCAAGCUCUUUUGUCAUGUCCAUGUAAGUCAAUUAGAACUACCAUAAACUGUGGGGCUGGCCUUCUUGGGUGGGGCUUGGAGCUGUGGGAAGGGGACUCAGCCUGAAGGCCAUUUAAGAUAAGAGCUGGAAAGAAUGCAAUGCAGAUUUGCUCUUCUAGAUACACCAGGAAGCCCAACAUGAAGGCCAGUUAGAGUGAGAUUUGGGUGCUUUUUGCUGCCCUGGGUACCCCUGGAACCAUAGCAGGGUCACCUUAAUGUUUCUAUAGAUCUGUAACCAUGUUAUGAGCUAAGUCUGAAGGACAUCUAUGGUGUGUUUGGAGUGAAAACUUAUUUUUUGCUCUACAUAUUCUUGCAGCUAUGAUAAUGACAAUUGCACAAAUGUUUCCCUAUAUCUUUAACCUUGUUAUGAGAUAAAGUGGCCCUGACCAAAGGUUGCAAGAGGGACCAGAACUGUGAAUGGCCUGACAUACACUGUUCUAAUCCCAUCCUGUUAGACUUUAAGACCACCCCUUCACAGACAUAGCCCACACCUUUCCAGCAAGCCCUGCCCCUUUUUCAAUGCAGAUCUUGGGACUGACCUGGUUUUGUAAAUAACUGCACUUAACUACACAUUGCAGGCAAAUGUCAAUGUUGUGCUUGAUUUGAAAAAAGCACAUUUUUAUGUAGAUAAAAUAUGUUUGUAAAAAUAUUUACAGUAUUUAUUUGUACAUAUUUAUAUUUUUCUGUAAUAUACCUUGUUCUAAGCUUAAAUGUUUGUUACUGUAUAUUUUUAUGACCACUGGAAUUUUAGGAUUUUAAGGCAUUUUAUAACUGUUUUUGAAAUCCUUUUGGAACCAUAACUGCUUAAACAGUUUCGCAAAACAUAAACACCAUUGCCAUAGACCAGAAAUAAACAUAAAAAUGUUACAUCAAA